GCAGGUGCAAGUUAAACUGCCUGAAAAUCACCUGCACAAAGAUGGGUGGAGACAGUAGGGUGAGCUAAAUAGAGACUCCUGAGCACUGCAAACUGGGGUGUGACGCCUAGCUGCAGCAGAACAGAGGUAGUAUUUAUUCUGGUUUUGACUCGCCAGCCAAGUCAACAUGUCCUUGUUCAGGAGGUUCUUCAAAAACAUCAUCCAUAAUCGAGACAUCGAUGAAGAAACUGUCAAGGUGAAAGGUAAGGAGAAACCCAAGUAUUUUGGAACGGUUGCUGAGUAUCCAAACUUCAGUGCCAGCAGUGAUGCUGCUACUCUCCAGUCUGCUAUUGAACAUGACAAUGUGGACGAGGAUGUGAUCGUUUCAGUCCUGGUGAAGAGAACCAACGAGCAGAGACAGAAAAUCAAAGUUGUUUAUGAAGCUUCAAGUGGCGAGAAGCUGGAGGAUGCUCUGGAGUCAGUGCUCAGGCGCGAUUUAGAGGAUGUCACCCUUGCUCUGCUCAUGACACCUGCUCGCUUUGAUGCCUAUGAACUCAGGGAGGCUACAAAGGGUCUGGGCACAGAUGAAGACGUGCUGACGGAGAUUCUGGCUACAAGAACAAAUGAAGAAAUCCAGGAAAUAAAGAGGGUCUACAAAGAAGUGUACGAAGAUGACCUAGAAGAGGUCAUUAAAGAUGAGACCAGAGGAGACUUUACCACAGCUCUUCUGGAAAUGCUGAAGGCUGAAAAAGACGAGUGCGAUGAAGUUGACAUGGAUCAGGUUCAUAAGGACACAGAGACUCUGUUUGAGGCAGCUGAGCAUCCUGAAGGAAUCGACGUUUGCACCUUCAUCAACAUCCUGACCCAUCGUAACCAUAAGCAUCUCUGUAAGACUUUCCAGAAGUACGCACUGGGCAGUGACAUGACGUUGCCUAAAGCCCUGGAUAUGGAGCUGAGGGGAGACAUUGAAGACUGUCUUAUUGACAUCGUGAAAUGUGCCUGGAACACACCAGCUUUCUUUGCUGAGAAGCUCCAUAAGGCUAUGGACGGUCAUGGGACAUGUGAGCAGACUCUGAUCCGAGUGCUGGUGAGCCGCUCUGAGGUGGACCUGAAGAAGAUCGUUGAGGAGUACAGGGCUAUGUAUGGAGUCAGCCUGCAGGACUCCAUAGUGAAUGACACAGAUGGACAUUAUCAGGCUGUCCUGCUGGGGCUGUGUGGACCUUUCUGAAAUUCUGGUUGUACCUUCUCACUGAAUUUUAAAGUCUGUCUACCAAAAGAUACUAAAGUCUCACAUAUUGUAGAACUACUAUGAUUUAUCAAAUUAAAAUAUCUUAAAGAGCUGAUUUUUAUCACCAUCAUUAGCCUCUUUCUGAACAUAUUUCUAGUGAAACAGCUUCAUUACGGUGAUACUCUUUUCAAUAUGUUUUUAACAGUUCGCGUUUAUUUUCUUUCUAUGUGUUUUUGCACAUGUAUAAAAUCAGAGGGAUGAAGUUGGGAUUAAAAAACUCUACUGUGAGACUGAGAGAAAUAAAGGAAAUAUA